AUGCCCGUGCUCUCAGACCUGGUAUACGAGGCUGGUCUCUCUGAAGAGUUGGUACACGGCCUCACACUGAUAGCAGAAGGCCUGCCCUCACUGGCCGGUCAGCUCAAGCGCCGCACGCUGGAUCUUUUGUGCACCGUCCUCCAGGGCACGCCCUAUCACCACCCAGGACACCCCGAUUCACGCACGCUGCUGGCCUCCACCCCGAGUCGCACGACCACGCGCCGCAACUCGGUGAACAAAGGCAGCAAGGCCUCGACCGUCUUGGCUGCUGGGGCACACACGCCUAACCGCCGCGCCUCCAAGGCUCAACUUAUCGUUCUGGCCCUCCGUACGCUGCGUACAUAUGACCUCAGUGGAUUCGUGCUCACCAAGCUGGCCCGUGAUACCAUCGCUACCUACCUGUCUGACGAUAAUGACACGGUUCGCGAGGAAGCUUGUCUGACUUGCGCCGCCCUGGUCGUACCUCCGACUCAGAUGCCGCUGGCCAAUGCCUAUCGCCUCGAACCUCGCGCUGUCACGGAGGUACUCUCGCAGUUAUUGUGCAACGCCAUCUCUGAGGGCCGCUCCACCAUUCGCAAGCACAUUUUGGAGGCCCUCACGCCACAGUCCUACCCCUAUCUCUGCAAAGCCGAGACCCUGCAACUCCUUUUCGUCUGUCUUCAUGACCGGGACCAUCAGACGCAGCUCACAGCCAUGAGCCUGGUUGGAAACCUAUGCGAGUAUAACCCUGCAUACGUGGUGCCCGCCCUCCGUCGCCAGUUGGAGAACUAUUUACAGACAUUCAAGCUGGUGGACACGGCGGCUGCAGAAGAAGCCAACUCUCGUUUGCUGCAGGAGCUCAUCCGCUCUGCACCUCGCGUCGUCGUCCCUUACGUUGACGCCAUCAUGAAGGCCCUCUUGCCGCGUAUCUCACACGCAAACGAGGAAAUUCAGAUUGCUGCCCUCGGUGCCGUGGGCGAACUCGCCGUGUUCAGUGGCCUACAGCUCGAGGAGCACCUCGCCGUUAUCAUGCCCGUCUUGCUUGAUUGUUUGCGGGACCACCUCUCCAUGAACCGCCGACUCUCAGCGCUGGUCGUUUUGGGCAAGGUGGCUCGCGGCACGGGCUAUGUGACCCUGCCCUACGAGGAUUAUCCGGCUCUCAUGAAGACGUUGUAUGCCUGCUACGUCGAGGGCCAGAGCACUCAGAUUCGCCUCGAGGCCGGCCGCGCCCUUGGCGUCAUUGGUGCACUGGACCCUCAUCGUGAAAAGUCGGCCACUGGCGAAGCGGAAGCGGAGGCCAAAUCCAAUCAGGCCAAGUUGGAUGCGCAGCAGGUCUCUUCGACCGUUAGUCAGCACGCCACUGCCAAUGCGCCUGAUGAGCUUCAGUUCACCAUUGGCAGCGAGGAGUACUACAUGGACCUUGCAGUCCGCGAGUUGUACAUGAUUGCCUACUCUCCGGCCAUGGACACGAACAUGCACGAAAACCUUGUUCACUCGCUGGGCACCAUUGUCGUCAAGUCGGGCAUCAAGCUUGUGCCCUAUCUUCCAAUGAUUGUCCCCGCCUUUUUGCACAUGGUGGAACACUGCAACCCAGCACGCCGGCACAUGCUCUUCAAGGAGAUUUCCAAGAUUGUUGACAUCUUUGGACCUCAUGUGCGACCAUACAUGAACGACAUUAUUCAGUGUGUCACGCGCUACUGGUACCCUCUAUCUGAUACCCACGCCCGCAACAUGAGCCACGCCUUCAAAAAGUACGUGCCAGAGCUGCUGGAGCACGUCAUGGCCAUCAUUGCCUCGGAUCAGACGGACACGCGCCGUCCAACCGUACACGCCUUGGAGGCCAUCUCUCUUUUGGGCACACUUGUCGAGGAUCGCAUCUACUCGGUCAUUCGGGGCCUUGUCAACGUCAUCGCUGCCUACGUUGGCGUACCGGUGCACGUGCGGCAGGAGGCCCUCAACACACUCGAACUCCUCAUGUACGAGAUUCCAAUCGGCGACCAGGCUUCGGGCGUCUUCAACGCUCUCAUGCGCGUUGUACGCUACGAGCCGCGUCUGCGGCCUCCCGCAGUUGCUGCCUUGCAGCCCCUGCCCAUGGAACCCGGCAGCGCUCGCGGUGUGAAUCGCGCCAAACCCGAGCUCAUUCUCAAGCUAGCCAAGCAGGCUGACGACAGCCUCAACUUUGACUGGCCCACGUGGAUUCGCCGCUUCUCCGUUAGCCUGCUGAAAGAGUCCAAAUCGCCUUCGCUGGCUGCCUGCCAGUACCUCGCCCUGCGCUUUGAGCCCUUUGCACGCAAGGUUUUCAACGCCGCCUUUGUCUCCUGUUGGAAGGAGCUGACACCCGAGGAGCAGGCCGAGAUGACGGACGGCCUGGAGCGCGCCAUGAAGGCUGACCACAUUUUCAUGCAAAUGAUGCUCAAUGUGGCGGAGUUUAUGUCUCACUAUUUUGAACGCGUGGGUCUGCCCUUCUCCAACCAAUUGCUUGGGCGCAUGGCGCUCGAGUGCAACGCUUAUGCAAAGGCCCUCCGGUACAAGGAGAGCGAGCUCGGCAGCCAUUUUGAUAUGCGAUGGCUAUACAGCGGCAUUGUUUUGCGCCCCGUCCAAGCAACGGAAGAAAUUCUGGGGGCAGUUGAGGAUCUCAUUGAGAUCACGCAGGCUUUGCAGCAGCCUGAAGCAGCGCAGGGCGCGCUCACCUUUGUGCGAAUGCAAACGACCUUGUCUGCGGACACGGACAUUCAACCCAGCUGGUACGAAAAACUCGGCGAAUGGGACAAGGCCUUACUGUCCUACAGCCAGCUCCAAGACCCAGAACACCCGUCCUUCGAUAUUGAUCUGCGCAUUCUCGUGUGUCUGGACAACCUGGGCAAGUGGACCAUUCUAUAUGACAACCUGGUGCACCUGUGGGCACAGAGUGAUGUGGCCCAAAAGCAGGCGCUGGCGCCUCUGGGCUGCUCGGCCUCGUGCGGGCUUAAUCGUUGGGAGUCCAUCGCCACGUUCCUGUCCUUCAUGGACGAGCAGGAUCCCAUGACACCCUUCUACGGCGCCGUGCUGGCCAUUCACAACGAGGUGUACAAGGUCGCGCAGGACCUGAUUGACAAGUCUCGGGACCUGCUUCAGCCUACACUCGCAACACUGUGGGGUGAGUCGUACGCCCGCGGCUACAAUCAUGUCGUGACGUUACAGCGCUUGGCUGAGAUGGAGGAGGUCGUGCAGUACAAACAGUUGGACCGAGACCCCAUCGCCCAAGACCGAAUCCGUGGCAUGUGGUUGACUCGUCUCAAUGGCUGCCAGUACAAUCCGUCGGUGUGGCAACGAAUCUUGGAGGUUCGCGCGUUGGUGCUUACCCCCGAGGAAGACUGCCUCAUGUGGCUCAAGUAUGCCAGUCUUUGUCGCAAGUCUUCAACGCUGGGCUCGGCCGAGCACUUUAGCCGCAUCGGCCUCGACCGCUGCGACGCCAACGCAGACCCCGAGUCGCAACUCCCUCACCAUAAUCCACCCAUUGCGUAUGCUUACAUUAAGCACGUGUGGCACACUGGUGCGCAUGAAACCGCCAUCCAGUAUCUCUAUGUCCUCAUUGACGAGCUCAGCGCGCGCAAGGAAGAGGACGAACAGCAGCCCGAAGAUGUGCGACUGCUGGCCCGCUGCUACCACAAGCUCGGCCUCUGGCAGGCUGCGCCACACCUUUCGUCAGCAGGCACCGUCAACACGGAUCUGACAGACGAGCUGAUUGAGUCGAUUAUCGAGUCCUUCCGCUACGCUACCCUCUUUGAUCGCGUCUGGUACAAGGCCUGGCACUCGUGGGCCUACAUGAACUACGAGGCAGUGAAGCACUACGGCCAACGCCGUAACCCUCGCGCCUACCUGCAGCACGCCAUUAUGAGCAUCAAGGGCUUUUUUAACAGCAUCGCCCUUUCGGAUGAGAGCAGCCUUCAAGAUACUCUGCGCCUCCUCACGCUUCUCUUCAGCUACGGCCACCACAGUGACGUGGUUCAGACGUUCGCUACGGGCCUCAGCACGGUCAACAUUGACACUUGGCUGCAGGUUUUGCCGCAGCUCAUUGCGCGUAUCCAGAUUAAGGAUGGAAAGAUUCGUGGCCUUUUGCACGAGCUGCUGCUUCAGGUUGGCCGCAAGCAUCCACAAGCACUGCUUUUCCCGCUGACGGUGGCAGCCCACAACCAUCGCGAGGCGAGCGCGCGGCGGGAUGCCGCACAGGUGCUGCUGAGUCGCAUGCGGCAACACUCGAGCGAGUUGGUUGAACAGGCUCUGAUCGUCAGCGAGGAACUCAUCCGCGUGGCCAAUCUGUGGUCGGAGAAGUGGUUUGAGGGCAUCGAAGAGGCUUCCAAGCUCUAUGCAGAUCGUCAGCUGGACGCCAUGUACGCCACGCUGCUGCCGCUGCAUGAGCAGCUCAACGGCAUUGGCCAGGAUGCUACGAUUGCCGAGCAGGCGUUUUUGAAACUGUACGGUGCCGAAUUGCGCGACGCGUGGGAAUGGAUGCGAAAGUAUCAACGGACGGAAGACAAACAAGACAUUACCACCGCGUGGGACCACUACUUUCACGUGUACCGUACCAUCACCAAGGCACUGCACAACCUCACCUCGCUCGAGCUGAAGGAGGUGUCACCCAAGCUCCUUGAAGCAGGAGAUUUACAGCUCGUAGUCCCCGGUGCCUACGAUCACACCUCUCAAGAGCAGGUUUACAUUGACUCCUUUGCACCGCAACUGCGCGUGAUCAACUCCAAGCAGCGUCCGCGACGCCUGACGAUCAAGGGUAGCAACGGGCGCACGUAUGAGUACUUGCUGAAGGCCAAUGAAGAUCUGCGACAGGAUGAACGCGUCAUGCAGCUGUUUGGGCUGGUCAACGUGCUCCUGAACGGUAGCUCUCUGACCAUGCAUAAGCAUCUUCACAUUUUUACCUACUACAUCCUGCCCCUGUCGCCCAAGCUGGGUCUCAUUGAAUGGGUACCAACAUGCGACACGCUGCACUCCUUGAUUAAGGAGUACCGCGAGCGCAGCGGUGUAGCGCUCAAUGCGGAAGUGCGCUUCAUGCUCCAGCUUGUGUCCAACAUGGAGCAGCUAACCCUCAUUCAGAAGGUUGAGGUUUUCCGACACGCCCUGUCUCGUACAACGGGGGAUGAUCUCGCACGCGUCAUGUGGCUGCGCAGCGGCAACUCGGAGCAAUGGCUUGAACGCCGUGGCAACUUUACGCGGUCUUUGGCCGUCAUGUCGAUGGUGGGCUACAUUUUGGGUCUAGGCGAUCGCCACCCCUCUAACCUCAUGAUUGAUCGCCGCACGGGUGGCGUGAUGCAUGUCGACUUUGGCGACUGCUUUGAGGUGGCCACGCAAAGAUCCAAGUUUCCGGAAAAGGUGCCCUUCCGUCUCACACGGAUGCUGAUUGCCGCCAUGGAGAUUACGGGCGUGCAUGGAACAUUCCGCAUCACUUGCGAGAACACCAUGUCGGUGCUGCGCGACAAUGCGGACAGUGUCAUGGCCGUGCUGGAGGCAUUCAUUCACGACCCUUUGAUUGACUGGCUCUUUGCACGAGGACGUAACGGUGAGUCUUGGUCUUGUUUUGCCACUUGUCGCUGGGUCCCACGGGGAAUUGACUGCUUGAUGCGUGGCAUGCACCGACUGCUCUCACCUGGCCCGUUGCCCUUGCAGAACCACACGGAUGAGGUGGUCAACCGUCGUGCAUUGCGCGUCAUUGCCCGCGUGCGCGACAAGCUAACGGGUGCUGACUUUUCUACGGAGGAGAUUUUGGACAUUCCAUCUCAGGUGGCUCGCUUGAUUCGCGAUGCUACCUUGCAUGAAAAUCUCUGUCAGCACUACACGGGCUGGUGUCCGUUCUGGUAA